AUGUCUGAAAGGAAUUCGGGGGACCAUGCGGGAACUGGAUCCGUAGGGUUUUCUCAGGGGUCAAGUUGGCGAGAGCGCAAACAGAAAGAACGAAAAGAUAGGGGGCACGACCAACAAAAAGUGAUGUCCGACAUAGGAAAGGGGUCGUACCAAACCCAACGGAUGAUUUCUAGUGCUACGGGACAAAGGCAGAAGGAGGAACGGGAUAAAGAGCUCGAAUGGCUCCGCAGACUAGUCAGGGGUUUGGAGCUAGAGGUGAGAGGUAGGCGCCGGAGAGGAGACAGAAAUGACCGGCAACAGGAGGUUGGAAUUGGGGGAAAUAGAUACGAAGAGGGAUCUAAUCAGUCUGGACCUCGACUACGGCGAAGUCGUUCACAUUCCCGGGAAUUCCUUCAAUACCAAAACCGUUCGCACUCGAGAGGGUCUCAACGAAAUAGGAGCCGGUCUCCCUCCCGGGAAUCGGGGCAACGUCAAGACCGUUCACAUUCUCGAGAAAAUCAAGGGAGAGACUCGCUCUCCCCAAAAGAAAGGCAACCUCGGAAUGCUGCCAUGGAUGCCAUGAGUCGUGCUCUGCGAAAAGCAGCUCGAUCCCCGUUUUCGAACGAAAUCGAGCGUGUCGAAAUGCUAGACAGGUUUGCCUGUCCACCGUUUAACUACUAUGACGGGAAGAUUGAUCCGGUAGAACACAUCAACCAUUAUAUUUAG